AUGACCCUGUUUCACAGUGGUUUUACUGGACCAUGUCCUCAGCAGGUGACACCUGGUCCGCCCAGCCGGCAGCGCACACAGACAGGGUGCACCAACCGCUGGAGGCUGGAGCGACCCUUGGCUGGCGACCUGCUCGGCCAGGCCCAGGUGCAGAGAGCGGUCAGCCUGACCCACCGGACCACGAGAUCAGCUGGGACACUUCGGACACGUGAUGUCACAUCCAGCCUGAAUCCACCCCUCAUGCUGACUGACAUGCCCCAAACCACUGGACUUUGUUCAGGUGUCCACUCCUCUCCAGAGCACUCAUUCUAUUUGCUCUCUCAGGAAGUGACCCAGAACGCUAAACCAGACGCAGUGCUGGAGUGUUUGGGCAGCAUCUGGGAGCUACAUGGCCCAUUCCUGGCCAGAUCCGAGACGCUGGCUGAGCUUUACGCGAACUGCAAGAAGCAAAGGAACAUACUGCUGCAGAGCAGAGCAGGCAGCAGCCGGACAGCGCCGUCCAGCGGGUGGUGUGGCAGCGCUGGACGUUGGGGGCGGAUGCUGAGAGAGGAUGGAGGGAUGGGGAUGAGCAGAGGAAGCCUCAGACGCCCCAUCCUGCUCCAGCUGCCUGUACGCGACCCCUCCAUCACUAAAGAGGCUCUGUCCUUUGCCCUGCGGACCCUAUAUAGGCCAGCGGAGUGUCCGGAGCGGUGGGAGGGGGCCUUGCUCUCUGUUGCCACCAUGCUGGGCAUGUCACAGCUCUACCAGAGGUGUUUGAAUGAGAUGAUGGUUAAUAUCACUUCUUCGACGGUGUGUGACUUCCAUCGAGUUGCUUGCAAGCACAAUCAGACGACUCUCCAGAGUGCGUGUGAGCGCUGGCUGGAGCUGUUUCUGGUCACUGAACUUUCACAUCAGAUUGGCCUCAGGGACUUGCCCUUUGACCUCCUGCUCAAAACCCUGCGAUGCCCCAGAGUGUUUGCGGUCAAUGAAUACGAUCUACUGAAGACGGUCCUGAACUGGACGUACCUGCAGUUAAACACCACAGAACAGACUCCACCUUCACAUAGUGCAGUCAGCAGCUUCUUCUGCAGGCCUGCAGGGGUGUUUCUGGAGCAGCCUGUGGGCCAAAUGUACCUUCCUCUCUUCCAGGCCCUUCGUCUGCAUGGCAUCACCGAGCGAAACCACGUUAAGGAGAUACAGAAGAUCAAUGUGUUUCCUCCCUCAUGGCUUCUCCUCACUUUCUCCAACCACUACUACUCUAUCCACAGCGGGGGUGACAUGCACAUGACUGACUUUUCCAAGCACAGCAUCCGUUUCGGAAUGAUAGUGGAGGGGGUGCAGUAUUCUGUCUUUUCUGCUUUCAUUUUCCAAACCAGAUUUGCAUUUAUAUUGCUAAAAGUGACCCAAGUGUUUAGCCUGUCUUUCACCCAGUCUUACGGCCAGUCCCAGGGCUUCUAUGAACUUAUUUUAAUUUGUCAAACUGCAGACAGCAUGGGACUGCAGCACUACACUCGAGCUGUUGGUCUCUAUGGCUUCUACUUCCUCCUCAAGGCUUCUAGAGUUGGACAAUCGGAUGCGUUUGACUUCUCUAUGGAGAGGUUAAGGCACUGGGACCCUGCACUGACGGAGAGCUGUAGGACCACUCAGCCAUUCAGCGUGAGGACGGAGCGAUGUGUGUGUUAUCAGGUCAGAGUGCAGAGCUGUGUGAGAGGAGAAUGGCAGCAGAAGUGCAGCGGAGUGGUCAGCCAAGUGUUCGGCCUCAGCAAGCGCUGCUGCAGGAGCAAGGUGUUUCCAGUUGAUGGACUCUCCACACCGCUGUAUGUGACAUUUGCUCUGGCCUUCCCAUCGCCAUGACGAUGUGACCGCAC